AUGCACAGUGCCUUGCAGUUACAGGUUUUUGAAAAUCUCAAUGGGCGCUAUAUUGAAAUCCCUAAUUGGCUGAAAGGGUUGCCACUGGCCCCGGAGUUUCGCCCUACAGACACUGAAUUUGCUGACCCAAUUGCUUACAUUUCAAAGAUUGAGAAGGAAGCUGCCAACUUUGGGAUUUGUAAGAUUAUCCCACCAUUGCCCAAACCUUCAAAAAAAUAUGUCUUUUCUAAUUUGAAUAGGUCACUCUUAAAGUGCCCGGAUUUGGGUCCAGAUAACAGUUCAUUGGGUGUUUGUAAUUCAUUGAAAACCGGUUCUGUGGAUGGUAGUAGUGAUGGGGUGUCGCGAGCAGUGUUUACUACAAGGCAUCAAGAACUAGGGCAGAGUCAGAGUGUGAAAAAAGCCAAAGGGACAGUUCAGAAUCCAUUGUCAGGGGUUCAUAAGCAAGUAUGGCAAAGUGGGGAGGUUUAUACUCUGGAACAGUUUGAAUCAAAAUCGAAGUCUUUUGCAAGAAGCUUGCUAGGGUCGGUGAAGGAUGUUUCUCCUCUGGUUAUAGAGUCUAUGUUCUGGAAGGCUACUUUAGAAAAGCCAAUAUAUGUGGAGUAUGCCAAUGACGUGCCUGGGUCUGCAUUUGAAGAGUCCAAGGGUCAAUUUCGUUAUAGUCAUAGAAGGCAAAGAAAGAGAACUUAUUAUAAGAGUAGGUUAGAUAGCUCUGAUUGUAAACAAACUGCAAUGGGUUGCCGAAGAGAUAACCAAACUGAUGAGAACAAGGGUGCUUCUGUCCAAAAUGAUUCUGACACAUGUUUACGGAUGACCAAAUCAGCUGCUACUGCAUCAACAAUUUCAUCAAGUGAAGAUUCACAAUCUUUUAAGGAAAAGAGUUCAGAUACCAGCAAUGAUAUGCAAGGCACUGCUGGUUGGAAGCUUUCAAACAGUCCUUGGAACCUGCAAAUUAUUGCACGAUCAUCUGGCUCACUGACACGUUUUAUGCCAGAUGAUAUUCCUGGUGUCACUUCACCUAUGGUAUACAUUGGUAUGCUGUUCAGUUGGUUUGCUUGGCAUGUAGAGGAUCACGAGCUUCACAGUAUGAAUUUUCUUCACACUGGCUCAUCAAAGACUUGGUAUGCUGUUCCUGGAGAUUAUGCCUUUGCUUUUGAGGAAGUCAUCCGCACCGAGGGUUAUGGUGGUAAUAUUGAUCACUUAGUUGAAUGCUAUAACCUCUACAGUGAAUUUGUAACUCAAGUACAGUUUCUUUUCUUGCCAGCCGCUUUGAAACUUUUGGGUGAAAAAACAACACUUUUGUCACCUGAGGUAAUUGUUGCAUCUGGAAUCCCUUGUUGCAGGUUAACACAGAACCCUGGCGAAUUUGUUGUGACUUUUCCAAGAGCUUAUCAUGUAGGAUUCAGCCAUGGGUGCCAACUAGAGCAAAAGGUAAGUGUAGCAGAGAUGAGAAUGCUGAGGAAGAUGAGAAAAUAUAAUAGUAAAGGUUUUAACUGUGGGGAAGCUGCUAACUUUGGAACUCCACAAUGGCUUAGAGUAGCUAAGGAAGCUGCAGUGCGGAGAGCUGCAAUGAACUAUCUUCCGAUGCUUUCCCAUCAGCAACUGCUUUACUUGCUGACCAUGUCUUUUAUUUCAAGGUAUAGAUGUAGAGUUCCAAGAACACUAUUACCUGGUGUGCGGAGUUCUCGUUUGAGAGACCGUCAGAAAGAGGAGAGGGAAUAUUUAGUAAAACAGGCUUUCAUAGAUGACAUGCUACAGGAAAACAAGCUGAUAUCCAUUCUUCUUGGAAAGGAAGCUAGUAAAAGAGCUGUUUUAUGGAAUGCUGAUUUACUGCCAGAUUCCAGCAAAGAUUUUCAGUUGCCUGACUUAACUUCUACGACUGGAACCUCUAUGCCAGACAUGUCAAAUAUUAGUUCUGCAGAAAAGAGUAGUUAUCUGCUUGAUGAGAUGAGUUUGUAUAUGGAUUGUUUGGCUAAUUUAGACAUUGGUGGUGAUGAUCUUCCCUGUCACUUCCAAACUGAUUCUGGAGCAUUGGCUUGUGUGGGUUGUGGAAUCCUUGGUUUUCCAUUUAUGACUGUGAUACAACCAACUGAGAAAUUGACAAUGGAACUUCUUCCUGAUAAUCAUCUAGUUCAAGUUUCCACUCCGGACUCUACUGCUUGUGUUCAUAGUUCCAUAUCAAGGGAUCUUUCUGUUUCUGAACAUUCAUCAUUAAAGGAGAUGCCAGAUCAAUCAUUAAAUGAGUGCAAUAAAUUUUGGAACACCUCAAGUAAAUUUUUUAGGCCUCGGAUUUUCUGCCUGGAGCAUGCUGUUCAAAUAGUAGAGAUGUUGCAGAGCAAAGGUGGAGCCAAUGUGCUUAUAAUUUGCCAUUCAGGACCUGAUAGAUAUGAAAUCGAUGUGCACAAAGACUAUCAGAAAAUAAAGGCACAUGCCAGGGCAGUGGCGGAAGAGAUACAUGGUACUUUUGAUUAUAAUGAGGUUCCAUUAGAUAGUGCAUCCCCAGAAAAUUUGACUCUGAUCGAUCUGGCUGUUGAUGGUGAAGAACAUGAUGAAUGUGAAGACUGGACAUCUAAACUAGGCAUUAACCUACGGAAUUGGGUCCAUGCAAGAAAUAAUGCUCCAUCUGAACAAGUUCCUUGGACACUAGGGACAUUGUUCAAUGAUAAAUGUCCUGCUUCCAAUAUUUUAGCUUUAAAUUGGCAGUCACGGAGAUCUCGGUCAAAAAGGUCAGGUCAUUUAGCUCAGACUAAAUCCUCUCACAACAUUGAGAAAAAGAAGGAUGAUCAGUUGGGUGGAAGAAUAAAUGACACCUCUGCUGAAAAGAAGCUAAUUCAAUAUUCAAGAAGGAAGUUCAGGUCAAAGCAAAGGUGUUUCCCUGUACCAAACAUGGGCUGUGUAUUCCAAGAGAAGUCCAAAAAUGUGUCAACUACUUUGACUGCGGAUCAUAAUAAUUAUGUUUCUAAAACAGAGAAUUUCAGGACUCAGUAUCCAUUGCCAUGUGCCUCUGCUUCUGCUGAAAUGUCUGCAAUGCAUCCUGAACUUCAGAUUGCUGAAAUGUCCAUGAGCACGAGAAUGAAUGCUACUAAGUCACAACCUUCAAAUUCCAUUCCUGAUCAUAGCUUAAUGAUUGAAAAAGUUGGAGCAGAGAUUGAGAAUCAAACCAUGCAGGAAUCAGAUGUUGACAGAAAUAAUGAUUUAACACGCAAUUAUUCUAAGAUUCAUUGUAAUACCAGUGUCUCAGAAAUAUGUGGCAAGGAGAGCCAAAAUUGUCAGGACAAGAAAUAUUCUAGCUCACUUUCAAAUGCAACAGAUGGAAAUAUUGAAAUGAUUAGAAAGAUUGAAUUUACAGAAGCAGUUAUCAUUGAUAGCAAGUGUAAUAGGUUAUCAUUGGAUAAUGAAGGGGAUCAAGAAUAUCAGUUUACCUGCAAAAGCAACAAUGAGGAAGCUGCUUUGUCACCUGCUUCAAUGGUAAAUCAAUCUACACUUGCAUCCAUGGAUGGAAAUGUUGAAAGUCUAAAUAAUAAUUACACCGCAGAAAAAAUUAGGACUCCUAUUUUCCUAGAAAAGACAGCUGAAGAAGAAAUUGAUUCUGUUAGUGAAAGGGUCAAGGAACCUGUUGUUGAUGACGAGCAAAUUAGUGAAACUACUCCAAAUGAAGUUUGCGAAGUUCGAAGAGAGCUUUAUGCUUCUGCAGACUUGCAUAAUAAUGGAAUCUUGGAUGGUGAGAUGCAACAUGAAACUCAGGGUGGAAAAGACAGCAAAAGGGAAAUAAAUCAGUCCACUCAUGUUUCAGCAAAACAAUGGUGUCCAACAGAGCAGUGUCCGAUUGAAAAUAUGGAUAAAAUUAAUCAGGAACCUGUUUCUAGUUAUCUUGCAAACGGUGAAGAUAAAAGCGUAACUUCAUUAGAAUUAGGAUGUUCUGAAGUUUCAUUGGAAACCUGUCCUAACAAAGACUCAUGUAUUCAAUUUAUUCCAGAUAAAGAAAUGGAAAUAGAAAUCCAGUCAGAUAAUAGAAUUGAUGAGGAAUUUUGCUCUGGCACUAAUACAUUGGUAAAGGACUCUUCUCUCUCAAUGCAGGAAUGCUCAAAAAAUGAGAAAGAGAUUUAUGUUAAACCAAACAUAAAUGAAACCAAUGCUGAUUUGUCACAAGAUAAAAGGGAGCUGGAAAGUUGUGAGUUGGCUACAGAAGAUCCCAGAUCGAAUGCUGGGAUGAGAAAAAAGAGGAAAGUGGAACAAACAACAAGGAACCAAUCCAAUUCCGACAACUUCAUUAGAAGUCCAUGUGAGGGGCUGAGGCCAAGAUCUAAGAAGAUUGCUGCUGGAAAAAUUAGGGUAGAAAUCAACCAAGUUGACAAGGAAAAUCAGGUGGCUAAAAGAGCAAGGCGAUCUUCUGAAGUUUUGGUUCUUCACAAAAGUAAAAAAGAUGGUGUUAAAAAGCCCCACAAGUGUGACCUCGAUGGUUGCCGAAUGAGUUUCAAGACUAAGGCAGAGUUAUUGUUGCACAAACGAAACCUUUGCCCGCAUGAAGGGUGUGGUAAGAAGUUCAGUUCUCACAAAUAUGCUUUACUUCACCAGCGUGUUCAUGAUGAUGAGAGGCCCCUUAAGUGCCCAUGGAAAGGUUGUUCCAUGUCAUUCAAGUGGGCUUGGGCAAGGACAGAGCACAUUCGCGUACAUACUGGUGAGAAGCCUUAUCACUGCAAGGUUGAGGGAUGCGGCCUUUCCUUCAGAUUUGUAUCAGAUUUUAGCAGGCACAGACGGAAAACGGGACACCAUGUGAAACCUCGUGCUUGA